GACCACUCUGGAGAAUGAGGGGUCAAAGAUGCCAAAUUUGGUCAGGAAAAGAAAGCAUAUGCGCCACACACUUCAAUUAAGGCCUAGUUUAGUAGUUUUUCAAAAAAAAAAAAAAAAGACAACUUAUUUUUUGUUUUGUCAUUACUCAUAUUUGUUGUACUUUUUAUUUUUAUCUCAAACUUGUGUGGAUUAUUGUUUUGUCUUAACAAGAGGAAUUCAAAAAAUAAAAAUUAUGACUUUUACAAAAUAUUUUUAAAAAUAUCCAAGAAAAAGUACAAAAGAUAAAAAAAAAAUAUUGGACUUUCGCACUUUUUCUUUGGAUAUAUACAAAAAUAUUUGGUUAAAAGUCAUAAUUUUUUACUUUUGUGAAUUUUUUCAUCGUAGAAAAACGACAAUCUACAAAAACUUGACACAAAAUUAACAAAUGCAAAAAAAAAAAAAGAAUAAGAACAAAACAAAAAGAUAAGUUGUUUUUUUUUUAAAAAAAAAGGAGGUCACUCUCCUGUUUGUUAACGCAACUCUCCAUUUUAUUUUUAUUAGGUGAAUUUAUUAAAAUAUUCUUACACUUUAUUCGGUGAAUUUACUAAAACACCCUUAAACUUUAUGAUACCAAAUAAAAUGUAAGAAUGUUUUAGUUUCCCUAAUAAAUAAAUAAAUAAGUAGUUACGUUAACAAACAGGGGUGGGAAAAUCAGCUGCCAAAAAAAUUAGGCAUUUGAGGAUCUGCGCCACACAUUCAAUUUGGCAAAUGGGAUCUCAGAGUCGAACCUAGCUUCACGAUGAUGCUGACUUCUAGUCUUCUCUGGUUUUUCGUUGAUUAUUUCCUCAUUGAAGACAAAAUUAAGUUGAUACUCAUGAUUCAAUCCCUUAUCCUACUUGAUCGAACUCAAUGGAAUCCAAAAGAGUUUGGUUAACCAAUGAUGAUCUUGAUCAUCAUCAGCUGAAAGCAAAGGAUCAGAAGCCAAGGAGAAGCGGCUGCUGCUAGUUAUGGGAGAUAAUUGUGGGUCAAAUCUGAUUGAGCAGCUAAAGAACCUGAUCAAGAAUGGGGUUUCAGCUAGAGUUAUCAUCGUCUUCAUUCUCCUCUUAACCGGUGCCUUUAUAUCCUUUUAUUGGAGUGAUGUUUCUAUUACAGGUGCUUCAUUUCUAAACACAUUCAUGCCAUCCACGAGGUCCAGUACAUCUCCGGUGAAAAUUAACUGCAACUUUACCACAUGCCCAGCACAUGAUCAAGUGACAAACAGAACCUUUGGUUCAUCAUCUGAGAAAUGUCCAGAGUACUUCAAGUGGAUCCACGAAGAUCUAAGUCCGUGGAAGGACACCGGAAUAACAUUGGAAAUGGUGGAAAGUGCUGAUAAACUAGCAUACAUAAGAAUAGUUGUAGUGAAAGGAAGAGUGUAUCUAAAAAAGUUCAAGUGGGUUUUCCAAACAAGAGAUGUGUUCAAUAUUUGGGGCAUUUUGCAGCUGCUAAGGUUGUACCCUGGGGAGUUACCGGAUUUGGAUAUUAUGUUCGAGUGUGGGGACAUGCCAGUGAUAAAAAAGAGUGACUAUCAAGGAUCAGAGGCUGCGAAAAUUCCUCCUAUGUUUCAUUACUGUGGGAGCGAUUCAACUUUUGACAUAACCUUUCCCGAUUGGUCAUUUUGGGGCUGGCCAGAGCUCCAGAUCCAGCCAUGGGAAACCCUUAAGGAGGAGCUAGAAGAAGGCAAUCAUAAAGUCAAGUGGAUGGAUAGGGUGCCCUAUGCUUACUGGAAAGGAAACAUAUGGACUGGUCAUGUCAGACAAGAUCUUGUCAAAUGCAAUGUCAGUGAGAAACAGGAUUUGGGUGCUCUGAUUUAUCAUGUGGAUUGGCAACAUGAGGAGCAAAUGAGGUUCAAGCACACUAAUUUAGCAAGCCAAUGCACUCACAGAUAUAAGAUUUAUGCUGAGGGAAAUGCAUGGUCUGUCAGUGAAAAAUAUAUUGUAGCCUGUGAUUCUAUGAGUCUCCUCAUAACACCCCAUUACUAUGAUUUCUUUACAAGAAGUUUAAUCCCCACGAUCCACUACUGGCCGGUUAGGGAGAACGACAAGUGCAGAUCCAUCACGUUUGCAGUUAAUUGGGGAAACAACCACACACAAGAGGCACAAGAAAUUGGAAAGGCAGGGAGCAAAUUCAUUCAAGAGGAGCUAAAAAUGAAGUAUGUAUAUGACUACAUGUUUCAUCUGUUAUAUAGAUAUGGAAAGCUUUUGAAAUAUCAACCAACUGUACCCGAGGGAGCAGCGGAAAUGUGUUUAGAAUCAAUGGUAUGCGGUGGAAGAGGAUUGGAGAAGACGUACAUGUUCGACUCCAUGGUAAAGGGUCCCUCAGAUUCGAGCCCGUGCAUCAUGCCUAAACCCUUUGAUUCUGCUACUCUACGAGCUUUGAUCAAGCGAAAAGCAAACCUAACAAAGCAAGUGGAGAAGUGGGAAGCAGGUGAAAAUUAGUGAAACAGAGAAAUUUAUAAAUAUGAUACCUAAAACACAAUUUACACGGAAUACUUUGUGGCUGUGGCAUGUUUCAAAUUUUGAGCUACAAUCGCGCGUGUUUUUGGUAUGGAAUGAAAGAACCGCAGAAGUUCAAAUCAUUCUAUAUGAUCAAAAUGCGUAAAGUAGGUAUAGGAUAUUUGUUUAAAGACCAUAAAUCAUUUCUGAGUAGUUUUGUGCCUGAUUUUGUUUCUUAAGGGAAAUGAAUUCUCAGUGUCCUUGACAUUCAUAUUCUCAUUUCUAAUUUGGCAUCCAUAUAUUUGGGGACCUCA